AUGAAUAGACAAUAAGUAGUGACAAAGUUUCAUGAUAUAUUAUUUGACUAUUUAGAGAAAGUUAGAAAGAAUAUUCCGAAAUAGUAUCCUUCUUUCAAAGACUUUUUGAAUAAAAUGAUUGGUAUUUAUAGAGUAAAGAAAUUAAGAUCUUAUUAAAUUUGAGCGCCUGCCAAAAUUAGGAAAGCAUAUGGUAGUUUUUAGACUGACUAUCAAUAUGAGAUAAACAAAACUAACUUAAUUAGCUUUAUCUAUAUUAUUUGUAAUGAAUCAAUAUUGAAGCAAAUUAGAAAUUAGUUUCAAAUGGUUUUAUUGAUGGAAGAAUAGAAGACACUUCAUAGGAAUUCUACACAGAUGAAUUUUCAGAAUUGUUCAAUGAUUCCAAUUAUAAUAAAGGCGAAAAAAAGGUAUGGCAUCAUAUUUAUAAUUUAUCUAGACAAUAAUGGAUGUAUUAAUCAAUUCUGUAACAUCUUGUCUUUUUGAUAAGGAUGAAAUAAUUAUUCAAGGUCUAAAAUUAUUAGUUGCAUUUGUUUUAAAUCCCUAUUGUUAUGUAACAUCACAAAAUCUCACAAGAAUUAUCAAAACUAUAAUCUUUUCUUAUACUCGUAUUCUAUAUAUUUUAGGAUAGGUUCUAGAACAUAGACAGUAGAUAGAAAUGCUAAGAAUAUGCUUUAUUAGAUUAUCAAUUACACAUUUCAAGCUGUUGAAGGAGAAGUAAAUAUUUUUAUUAUGAUUAUUAGGUUUUUACAAUUUAAAGAAAUAAACGUAGAAUGUCUAUAAAAGAGGAUUCAGUCUCAAAAUUAACAUAAUUGGUUAUGCUCUAAUUGGUUGAUAUGGUAUGUUUAAAUAAAAGUCAACUUAAAUUCUCUUCUUAAUCUGAUAUAGUAAAUGAAAAAAAGCAGCCAGCAGGUUAUUUUGGUUAUUGUAUAAUGUGUAGAAAAUCAGCCAAUCUUUAUUGUAAAGAUCAUAAAGUACCAAUUUGUUCAUUCAUAUGCAAAAAAUAACAUUAAGAAUAUGUAGAAUAAGCUUAGAGUACAUAUAGUGGUGCAGUAAAGUAGUUUGAAGAAAAUCUUGAUUGUGCCUUGUAAUUGUAUGAUAGUUUAUGCAAUUUAUUGCUUAAUAAGACUACUUUACAAUUAGCAAAAAAUUAAUAAAUUAUUCUUGAAUGUCUAUUAUACAUUCUUGAAACUCCUGAUUUUGUUCUUAGUAAAAAUGAAAAAUUCAUUAAAACAACAAAAGAGAGAUUAUGCAAUUAAUUAUUAAAAUAUUGUUUAGAAACAGAAAAAACCUUAUAUUAAUUUAGUUUUAGAAUUUUUCAACGAUUAGUUAACAUAAUGAGAAAACAUAUAAAACAUGAAAUGGCUAUUUUCAUAAAUUAAAUUUAUUUAAAUAUACUUUUAAGUGCUAAUUCUAAUGUAUUACAUAAGUAAACUGCUCUUGAGAGUUUAUGUAGUAUAUUAGAAAGACCAGAGACUGGAUUAGAGUUUUAUAUAAAUUAUGACUGUCAUACAAAACAUGAAUGUUUGAUGUCAAAAGUUAUUAAUACUUUCUAUGAAAUUAUUGUAGUUUCUAUAUAUUAAAAAGCAGAAUAUUAGAUUUAAGCGUAGUAAGAGAUUCUUUUAAAAAAUUUGGCUAUAAAGGCAUUAUCUUAUGUAAUUGAAGGUUUAAAUAAAGUAUUUGAUUCAUUUAUAAUCACUCCUUCAGAGGAAAUUGGAUCACCCUAAAUGGAAGAUUAAAAUGCUUUAGUUAGUGAGAAUACAACAGUAAUGUAUAUAAAUCCAAUUGAAAUUCAAAGAUAAUUAAAAUAAGAAAUAAUGAAAGGAUGUUAAAUAUUUAAAAAGAAUCCUGAAAAAGGAAUAAAACAUUUAUUAGAUGCUUAAGUAAUUUAAAAUGAGUAAUUUUAUUUAAUUAAUUUAGUGCAAAAGAGAUAGCUAAAUUUUUCAGAGAAAACUAACAAUAAGUAAGUAAAGAUGCAAUAGGAGCUUUUUUAGGAGGACACUAAUAAUUAAAUAUUAAAGUUUUAAGUGAAUUUACUGAUAUGUUAAAAUUCAAAGAUCUUACAGUUGAAUAAGCUUUAAGAUAUUAUUUAGAUUAAUUUACUUUACCAGGAGAAGCAAUGUAAGUUGAUAGAGUAGUAUAAAAAUUCUCAGAUAGAUAUUAUAAAGAAAAUCCAAAUUCAGCUUUUAAAUCUAGUGGUAGUAUUUAUACUUAUUGUUAUUUGUUGGUUAUGUUAUAAACAGAUUUACAUAAUCCUUCAGUUGCAGAGAAAAUGAAAUUAAGUGACUUUUAAAAAUUAGCUCGAUCAAUAAAUGAUGGUGAAGAUUUACCAUCAGAUUAUUUAACUCAAACUUAUAAUUCUAUUUUAAAAUAACCAUUAGCAGUAAGAGAGAAAGAGAAAAAUCGUGUAUUCAUGAAGGAAUCACUAACUUAAAGUAUUAGAAAGAAAUAAGAUUUAUUUUAGAGAGAAAAAGAAGCUCUCUUAAAAUAAGGAAGUGAAUUAAUUAAAACUAAAUAAGAUUAGCAUGAAACUAUUUAUUAAGUUAUAAAUUAGGAUAUGGCUUAUUUAAUUAAACCUUUUUUAGAAUGUAUAGGUAAACCUUCAUUUGAAAUGUUUUUAUAUGUUUUUAAUAAUGAUUAGAUGGAUUAAGUAUCAAAUCAAUGUAUUUAAGGUUUAGUAUUAUUUAUUAAAUUAUGUUCUUUUUUUUCAAUUCCAUUGUAAGAUUAUAUGAAUACAUUAAUAAAGGCUACAAGACUUAAUCAUUUAGGAUUGAUAUCAAAUAAACAUAUCAAUUUGAUAAAAUAAAUAUUAUAAACUGUACCUUUAAUAGGAAAUGGAUUAAGGGAGAAUGGAUGGAAAAGUAUUUUAUAAAUGAUUAGUCGACUUGAUGAGAUGAGAAUGAUAUAGUAAUCUAAAGAUAAUUUUGAUGGAAAUAUAUCAAUUUUACCAGAAUUAUUAUUAGAAUCUGAUAUAAUAGAUAAGAUAUUUAUAUAAUCAAAAUAAUUAGAUGAUGAAGCAAUUUAAGAAUUUAUCAAUGCAUUAUGUUAUAUGUCAAAAUAAGAAAUUUAUUAAUCUCAUCCUCGUUUAUAUUGUCUUUAAAAAUUAGUAGAAGUUUGUGAUUAUAAUAUGAAGAGAGUUAGUUUUGUAUGGACUAAGAUGUGGAAUAUUGUAAAAGAUCACAUUAAUGAAGUUGCAGUGAAAGAGAAGAAAGUAGCUAUGUUUACUGUAGAUUCAUUAAAAUAAUUAAGUAUAAAAUUUUUACAGAAAGAUGAAUUAUAUGAUUUCCAAUUCUAAAGAGAUGUAUUAAAACCUUUCGAAUAUAUAUUUUUGUAAUCAAAUUUAGAUGUAAAAGAAUUUAUUCUUUCUUGUAUUAAUCAUUUAGUUUUAAACCAUAAACACAAUAUUAGAUCUGGUUGGAGAAUGAUUUUUGGUUUAAUUACAUUGGGUUUGAAAGAAGAAAAUGAUAAAAUUUGUAAAAUAGCUUUUUAAAUUCUAUCUUAAAUCAUGGAACAUAAUCUAGAUUUACUUUAAGAUGUUUUUAUUGAUUUAAUUUAGACUUUAAAAAUUUUAGCAGGUAACAAUUAAGAAGAUAUGGCAUUAAAAUCAAUUGAUUUUACUAUAUAAUGUCUAGGAUAUUUAUCAAAUCAAGCAUAGAUUAUACCUAAACUUAAUUGGAAUGAAUUUGAAGAACCAGAAGCUACUGUUAGAAAUGCAUCAACAGCAGUAUAACUUGAAAAAAUUUGGAUUCCCUUACUUGGAGUAUUAUCUGGAUUAGCAGGAGAUAAAAGAAAUAAAAUAUAAGCUAAAUCUAUGGAAACUUUAUUUGAAUCUUUAUAAUAAUUUGGUUAUGCAUUUAGUGCUGAAUUUUGGAAAAUGGUAUUUAGUACUGUGCUUAGACCUAUUUUUGAUGAAAUUUAAUUUACUUUUCAAUAAAAUCAUUCUGUUGCCAAUUCUAACAAUGAUUGGUUUAAGGAUUCAUGUAAAAAAGGAUUUUCUUUAAUUAUUAAUUUAAUGAAAAGAUAUUUUCAAAAAUUAAGAGGAUUAUUACCUGAAUUUUUAAAAUUAUUCGAAAAUUGUAUUCAAAAUUAAAAUGUUAAAUUAGCUAAAUAUAGUAUUCAUUCAGUUAAAAAUAUGAUAAUUAAAAUUGGAAUGAUGUUUAAUGAAGAGGAAUGGGAAUAAAUUGUUUAAUUUAUAGAUAGAAUGAUUCGAUUAACAACACCUACAAAAUUAUCUAGUUUUGCUAAUUAAUCAUUAACUUCUAGUAGAAUGAGAAAUAUGAUUGAAGAUUGUUUCACUUAAUGUACUGCUUAAUUAUUAAUGAUCUAAAUUAGUAUCGAAAUUCUAUAACAUUUUAAUUAAAAAUUAAAUUUACAGCAAUUAUUAAUUAUUGAAAAUACAUUUCUAUAUUCUUAUUAAUUUGCUGUUUAAUUUAAUUCAUAAAUUGAAUAAAGAUAUUUAAUAUGGAAACAAGGAGUCUUAUAAGAUAUGAAAUUUUUGCCAGGCUUACUUAAAUAAGAAAGAGAAGCUUAUGGUUGUAUGAUCAUUAUCAAAAAAUAUAAAUUGAAGAAUCAUAAUAUUUUAGAUAUUGAUUCAUUAAUUGCACCAAUCGAAUUAUUUAUCAAAAAACAUGAAAUUAUCAGAUCAAACACAUAAUUAUAUGAUGAAUAAGAUUAACAGAUCUAAAAAUUAAAACUUUAAGAAAUUGAAAGAGAAACCUAAAAUUAUAGACAACUAUUGGAUACAUACAUUUUACCAACACUUAGUGAAUUAGAUGAUAAACAUGUAAAUUAAUCAUCUAUUUAUUUUAGUUAAAACAAUACAACAAAUAAUUAUUCUUAAUUUUAUUAAAAACAAUGAACUACACAAAUGAUAUUAUUUUAUGUAAAGAUUGUGUUCGUUGUUAGAAAUGCUUGUAGUAAGAGAAGAGUAAUUUAGAUCAAUAAAUUCUUUAAUUAGUUUAAAAAUUAUAUGAUUUGAAAUGA